AUGAAUGAUGAUGAUGAUGGAUGCUUCAGAUAUAAUAUACCAAGAAAGGCGAGGAUGUUUGGCAAAACGGUAAAUAGAACAUGUGUGCUGACACUAAGGCGAUAUAGCACUGCUGCGACAGAGAAACUUCAAAGACCCCCACUACGAGAAAUCUUCCCUAAAAAAAAAUUUAUCAACCGCCAGCUCUUUGAUUUGGACAGUCGAUUAACCUACAGAAAGCUUUUACCGAUAUACGAGAAGGUUUACCGGGGUAUAGAUGAAGGUGAGACCCCGGAAAAUGAUAUAUCAUCUUUGGUAGAUGGGUCUGAUUUGUUGAUCAUGAAGAAAGCGUUGGAGAAAUAUCGGAUUUAUUCGAACACCAUCAACCGGAACCUUGUCCAGUUGGAAAACCAAUUAGUUGAAAAAGCGGCUGAGCAUGGAAAUAACGACGCCAUUGCGCUUCUAGCCUUUGAGACUUUGACCACCAUGGAUCAAACGAUUCUCAAUGAAGGAGACAAGCCGUAUGCUAAAGAAUUGAUCAAGAAUCUAUACUUGUUGAACCACCCGUUGAGUAUCAAACUCCUAGGGGAUUUAUCUUUAAAAUACCAACAGUUCAAGCACGCCAAACAGUAUUAUCUCGAAUUUCUAGAAUUGGAAAGCGACACAGUGCUAAGUGGGGAAGUCUACAAACAAUUGGGGAUGUUAUGUUUCACCCAAGAAGCUAAUUUGCACGAUGCCAAAUUAUAUUUCUUACAAUCGAUCAAAUUUGCACCAUUGGACAAGACUUUAGAAUCUCACUACUUCUUAGGAGAGAUCUAUUUGGCAACCGACCCUGAGUUGGCAAAGUAUCAUCUUCAAUUAGCGGCGUCUAAAUCUUUUAGACAAGCGUUCAAGAGUCUUGGGUUUUUAGAAUUGAACUAUUUUAACAAUUUUGUGAAUUCCAGAGAAUGGUUCAAGAUGGGAGUCGAAGUCCAAGAUUAUGAUUGUCUCAUUGGGUUAUUUGACACAUUUUAUAAAUUUGGUAAACGUAAAGAGGCCAUAAAGACGCUUAAAUCGAUCAGAAAUGUCUUCAACGAAAAAAACAAAAACCAAGAAGUGUUUACGGGCUUUUUGGAGAGCAGAGGAAAUGAAAUUAAAGAUCUUAUAGGAAAAGACGACACGAACUGA